AUGACUGUGGGGCAUCAGCUGAUCAGCGAGGGCCGUUGGAUGCAACCAGAGGUUGACCUGCUUCAGGCCUUUCUCCCACUCGGCGGGGUGGCAGUGGACGCCGGUGCGGGCAACAGCUACCGACCGGCCAUCAUGGGCCAAAUUACUUACUUUCACAACACCCCGGUGUUGGAGAUCGAAGAAGCUCGCAAUCGACAGAAAGAGCUGCAAGAGAUCAUUGUGACGGCUGAGAAUGUAGAGACCAUCCUGUCCACCGUUCGUGAACUUGAGGGUGCCAUUGUCAUCUCCACCGCUUUGCAUCGACUUGGCAAAGUCAAGGUGUCAGCACAUGUCUUCCGGGAUCCACGGUUUCAUCUCCUCUUGGAGCGCUUUAAGUCGCGGCUGCCCUUCUUUGGCUCUCGGCAGAUUGCGAACUCCCUGCAUGGACUGGGAGCGAUCAGCUAUCGUGGAGGAGGCGCAUGGGUGGAGAUGGUCUCCAUCCAGACCCAGCGGCGGAUCCAUGAGUUUGAGCCACAGCACGUCUCAAACACUCUUUGGGCCUGUGCGCGCAUGCAGCUACAAGAGCCGCUGAUGCUUCGUGCCUUGACCUGCCGGGCGAUCGAGGACAUCGACCGCUUUUGCCCCUUGGACAUCUCCAUUUGCACCUGGGCCUUCGCCACGCUGAAGCACCGCGAAGCGGAAUGGCUCCGCGCCGUGGUCCGCGCCCGGUGCGAGUUCGCGGACUUCUCGCCCCAGAACAUGUCCAACUUCGUGUGGGGCCUGAGCACCUUGGGCUUCCGCCAUGACAACAUGGUUCUGGCGGUCGGUCGGGAGGCGGCGCGUAAAAUCCGUGAUUUCAUCCCUCAGGAGCUCUCGAACUUCUCUUGGGCCUUGGCCACGAUGGAUCUUUGCGACAACUUGAUUCUUCGUGCCAUUGCUGAAGAGGUGGACCGCCGUGGUGAUGAGGUCAACAGUUGGGAUCCUCAAAGCUUGUCCAACAUGAUGUGGGCCUAUGCCACCUUGGCACUGAAGGAUGACCCGCUCUUUCAGCGUUUAUUGGAUGCCUCCAUCGCACGCAUCGAGGACCACGACACCCAAAACUUGGCGAAUACGUCCUGGGCUGCGGCCAUGGUGGGCUUCCGUUACUCCCGCUGGUUGGACGCGUGCGCGCGGAAGGCAGUGGAGAAGAUUCAGGAGUGUCAAACGUUACACCUCGCUCAGUUGGCAUUCGCCUUUGCACGCUUCGUCGCCAAGGGUGACCAGCACCAGUUUCUGCCCACCCUUCUGAAGGAGACACUCCGAAGAUUAGAAGAGUUUCCUCCUCAAUCUUUGUUCGACGUCCACGAUGCCUUGGUCUUCUUCCAGGCGUUCCCCGCGCCUCCCUCCGGCGAGUGCCUCCGCAUGGAGCGACGGCUCUCGGAGCACUUUGAAGACACAGCACGGACGCUCGAGACGUUUGCCCGGCGGAGUGCAGAGCGCGGUGGACGGCCCAGCAUGGAAGAGGUCACCAAGUACCAGCGGAGUGUGGAGCAGGCAGACAUCGUGACCCUGGGGGAGCACUGGACCUUGGCAUUCUUGAAGCGCUUCGGCCUGCUGUGCAGCAGUGAGGACCGCUUCAUUCACAGCGCCCGUCGCCGGAUCCUGGACUUCCGCGACGAGGCGUCGGUGACCGACCCUGUGAGCCGAUCCAUCUUUCACCGCGCGCAGUGCGUGUGGCAGCUGGGGAUCCAAGGGGACACGGAUGGAGCAUUGGCGGAUGGUUUAUUUGAGAGUGGCGAGCCAGUCGCGGGUGCCCCUGCGGGGCACGGCUUGUACGUGUGCCGCUUACGCCAUACCCGAGAAGGGGAUGCAGAGAUUCAAGCACUGUGCGCAGCCUUGGAUACUUCAGUCAUGCGGAGUGGUCGAGUUCCAGAGGGUUUGAAGCUGAAUUUGCACUUAUCCGAUGUGCCUUGCGUUUCUUGCCUCGGUUGCACCUUGCAGUUUCAGUGUCGCUUCCCAGGUGUGUUGCAGAUCUCUUUCGAUCGUGGGCGGGUGCAGUCAGAGGACUCAAGGCCCAUUCCGCGCCCUCCGCCACCACCCUCCAAGCGCGGCAACCCGGUGCCCUAUGCACCACUGCCGACCACCCCGCCACACGAUGGCGUGGAUCGCAGCAUGGUACGAAAGGAACGGCCGAAGGACGAGGAUCGCACCUCCUUCUACUUGAACCCCUUAGCACCUCGAAGACCCGAUGGUGCGAGCAAGGGAGGAGAGGAAGCAGUGCCUCACAAGCUGGUGCAUGGCCGAAAUGGGAGCCAGCAGACCUAUUAUUUCUCCUCAGCCCCAAGCUUUUAUGGAUCUGAUGACUACGAGGCGUGCUGA